AUGGAUCACCCAGACAUGCAGCGUUUGAAGAGCGGCGAGGUUAACCUCGGUACCUCUAUUAUGGCCGUGCAGUUCGACGGUGGAGUGAUCGUUGGGGCUGAUUCUCGGACCACGACAGGAAGUUAUAUCGCAAACCGUGUCACCGAUAAAUUAACCUACGUCCACGAUCGCAUCUACUGCUGCCGUUCCGGCUCUGCAGCCGACACACAGGCGAUCGCAGAUAUUGCGCACUGGUACUUGCAGAUAUAUACGCAAGAAGCGCAGACCCCAUCAGUCUACACCGCCGCUACUGUGUUUGAGAAAAUGUGCUACGAUAAUAAGGAUGCGCUUAGCGCUGGUAUUAUAGUCGCAGGAUGGGACAAGGAGGUUGGGCCCAGUGUCUACAAUAUUCCGCUCGGAGGCGGGCUGUUUCGUCAGCCGUGGGCCAUCGGCGGCUCUGGCUCGACAUACGUGUACGGCUACUGUGAUGCGACAUAUCAAGAAGGAUGGGGGAAGGAACAGACAGUUCAGUUCGUGAAGAACACGUUAUCGCUGGCAAUGUCGAGGGAUGGCUCAUCUGGUGGAGUUAUCCGCAUGGCCAUCAUCACAGAGGAUGGUGUCGAAAGGCUCUUCGUCCCAGGAAAUGAACUUCCUACCUUCUGGGAAGGACACGACGUACUUGGUGCCUCGAAAACCAUUCCUGCUCCCAUGGCUGUAGAGUAA